GGUAAUGUAGGCCACUGAAGCAAAUCCAGAGAGAUUGAGUUGGAAGACAGAGGAGCAUCUGAGAUUCAUUUGGUUACUGUGCUACCUCGCUAUCUCUCUCUCUCUCGCUCCCUCUCUCUCUCUCUCUCUCUCUCUCGUUGUUGCUUCCACCCAGGAAGACUUUCAAAAUGGGUUUUAGCUGAGACAUUUCCAGCUGUGUCAAGAGUAAGGAGAAGGGGCACCGUUUAAGAGAGACCAAAAAGCAAGGACCUAAACUGAAGCGGAACAACGAGGAACAUUCAUGAAAGCAUGAGGUGGCUCUUAGACAGCAGCUGGAAGAAAUUUGGACACGCUGACAGAGGAAACUAUGACUGGUUAACUAGUGAGCCAGGUGUCCCAUUGCUGGAAACACAGCUACAGAGUCAGCACAAAACAAGCUCAACCAAAGAAGACAUUGAACCGUUCUUAUGCAUCAUCCUGCCGGCUACCAUGAUGCUCUUUCUGGCAUUCCUGUUGCUCUUCCUUUACAGACGCUGCCGACGUCGCAGCCCUCAGGCUCAGAUCUUCAGCAUUGACCUCCCAGAGUCCCUUCCAGAGCAUGAGGUGACUGACUUUCUCUCAGUGCUGCCCUGGAGCAGUGAGCAGAGCUUUCAUUACUCCACUCUCCUCCCUGAAACUGCCUUUCUCACUGUAUGCUUGCCUCCGUCAUACGAGGAGGCUACCAUGAAAACCUCAAUGGAAGAGGACCACAUCCAGCUCUUUCAAGAUCCAGUGCCUCCUUACGAAGAGACAAAACAGCAGUAAAAGCUACGGAAAUAACUAUGGCUGCAGUUCUCGUGGUUUAAAAAAAAGGGGGGGGGACUCCAAAAAAGGGAAUAGCUACAAUCAUAAAGGAACUUUGACCGGUUAAUAUGCUUAAUUAUGCCAUUUUUAAACGGCACAGAAAGCAAAACAAAAAAACUCUACAAGAUUGUUGUGUAGGAGAAAACUAUGAACUUAAUGCUGUACCUCAGAUUUUUCUGCACUAUUUGACAUAAGCAAAGGUGUUUUGGAAGGCUAAGUCUGAGCAAUGUGGACUGUAGCAGCUGUGGUAAAAAACAAUUAUGCUGGGGAUUUUUUUUACACAGAGAGACACACACACACACCAAUAACUGAAAGGGCUUUAACGUUUUUUUAAAAAAUUGCACUAACUUGUUGAAGAUUUUAACGAAUAGUCAAAAGUCAAAAUAGAGACUGCAAUGACAAUUAACAUGAAUCUGAAAUGUGAGGGCUGAAGAUGCCUAUUUACCAGUUAAUACCAUCACUAUGUUUGGCAGUGGGCUACUAUUACGCUACAGGCCUUCCAUUGUUCUUCUGACAGCUGUGAAGUCUGAAUACAAGUAAAAACGACCCAGAAAGGUCCAGGCCUUCUAUGGAAGACAGACUUGUGGCAAGUAAUGACACAACAAUGCAGCAAUGCGAUAGGGUCUACAGAGUGUACAGAACGGUUUCACGUUGUUUUAUACUUUUAAUUAAAGAAUACACAAGUCAUGUAACCAUUCAGCUCCGAGUGUGUGGUGGACUAAAUCUAGCUAAAUAAAAAAAUAAAGGUGUUUUUUUUUAAUCA